CCCCAACGGAGUAUGUUCAAUCAAGCAAGCCAUCCACCAUCUUGUCGACUCCAAGCAAUUUUGCCUAGAAUAAGCAGGUGCGGAGUUGUGCUCAUGUGGUGAAACAUGUGGCCUAUCUUUCUGGAACAAUCGGGACUUCUUCUUAUCCACUGCCGCUGCUGGCGGCAGCAUAACACAAUCAAUCAAUCAUAGUUACCGGCAAGCAAUCAUUGAUGAAGCGGAGACCAUUACCCGUUUCUCUCGCCACUUCUUUUCUGUUCUCUUCUCUAUCUUUGGUGUCUUAUCAAGUUGGCACUUAUUAUAAUCUCUCACAAUCGAGUAGAUCCGACAAUUCUUUCGAAUUCAGGCUGCUGCAAGUAGAUCUCAAGUCGUCUCGUUAUCAACGGCCACCUGCAUGUAGCGAUCAACCAGAGCACGACCUCUUACCCGUAGAAGCAAAGCAACACCACUUGUUUGGCUUGUUUGUUUGCCGCUUUUGUCACGGCUUGGGGACCGCUUUUGCAGGCAGCUCAUCCUGAUGCCAUUUGGUGUAUGAGCGUGAGCAGUAAGCAUCAGAGCGCGGUUAUUCAAAAGUUACCAGAGGCUGCAUGAAGUUCACAGAGCGUAGUUUGUUUGUUGCGG